AUGGAUUUCACGCCUUCCAGUUCCUGCGCGCUUCGGAAGCGACUGUUGGGCCUCUUCAACGUCUACUCAACGGUGGUGCCGGGCGGCGAUGGUGUCUGCGAGCUGAAUGGUGUUCGACGGCUCGAGGCAUCUCGCUAUCACGCGUGUCUCAAUUCCCUGGCACGUCUCAGCAGCUUUCGUAACUUGUUUAUCGGUAGCGAAGAUGACAUGGCCAUACGGGUGGCCGCGACGCAGCUGCAGUCUAGGCCGAUACAGGACAUACUGUGGAGAGAAGCGGUGAGGCGAGAUGCGAACUGUGCUCGGCAGCAGCAGCGCCUGAACCUGCUUGAGGCGGAAAGAACUGCCGCCCUUUGGCCCAGUAACGAUGACUACGCCGACGAGGAUUUCCUCGGCGAGGCAUGCUACAGCCCCUCGACCUUUAGUCAUGGCAUUCACUCAACGUCCAGCGAAGAUGCCGGCGCAGCGGACGACGCGAGAGGCAGCAUUUCAUGGAACGCCUUGCACUCGGUCCUUGUCCUCUACCUGUACGAUCACCAACGCUUCCACAACUCUUUUCUGACCCCAGAAGUCGACGCGCUGCGAAGCGACAGCGAUGGAGGCAUCAUGAUGCGCACCGGCCCGGGCAAAGUGUGCGCGCAGGAGAAGCAAAGCAAUGUGGCUGCCAUGACGCCGCCGGUGCGAAGAAAGGCAACUUAUGCGAAUAGCGCUACUCGUGUAGCCGCGAUCCAGGCAGACGAGCGGCAACCUUGUGGCCCCACUAAGUCUGCUGCACCCUCACCGUGGACUGCGAAUCCGCAGCCUUCGUUGCAGGGUACUUUGCCUCGGCAGCCCAACAUGGAGUUUGCGAUGGAUGUGCACAUGAGAGAGGAAGAUGCCGGCAGGUCACUCGAGCCGGUGUACACGCCGCCAAGCCCACCGUCACCCCGAAAGCACGCGCAGCGCGAAGCAGCCAAGUUCUCGUAUCAACAACGCCACAUUGGUGUUGUGGCCGAUGUGGAGGUCCUCAGCGGCGGACAGCCGUUUUUUCGUCGCGCUGCGUCAGCGUCGGUGUCCUCGUUCUCGUCGUCGUGGUCACCCCCGUCUGCGAUGAGUGCCGUAGUUCCGAAGAGAAUAGCGGCGACGACUCGACGGCAGUGGUCUGCCUCUCCGUCACCGCGGAGACCUGCGAGUGCCGCGGUGGUCUUCGGAGAGGAACAUGCCGCGGCUUCUCCGACCCCGCACGUGGCUCGCGUUCUCAGGCUGCGCCCUCAGUCACCCUCUCAGCAGAACACGAUGGCGGGCCAGCCGCGAGAGUACCAUCAUCGAAAGCAUCGCGCCAGCCGUGCUGGCGCAGCCGUGCCGAGGCUGGUCACUGUCAAGAGAAGCGCACGUGUGCAGCGACUGUACACGACACGCCAUCCGCAGCCCGCGAACCCGGCGGAUGCGACGCCGGAGUUGGCGAUCCGGGAAGGAGGCACUGGUGCCGAUGCGAACAAGCCAAAGUUGUGCUUGCUCGUACCCCAGCCGCCAGUUUCACGGCCAGUACUCGCCGAGGCAUGGCCAGACAGGCGCGAGUACUCUUGCGACUCGAAAGCCCCUCCCACCACCCGCCAUGAGGGAUGCUUCUGCGAGGCGGAGGAGAACGCUUCCUUACUCGAUAUCAAACUCCAGCGCGAACGGACCGGCGAGCGAUCGGACAGCGGCAGCCAUGCUCAGGGCCGCCGCACCACUUCAUUUGCCCUCAGCGCUCCGAGGGGAGGCAGCGCCGAGGCAAGUAAUGGCGGUGGCUCAAUGCGACCCGACUGGGUGCGCGGGACUUCUCCAACAAAGCCGCCGCCCUCUCCCGGCACCCCUCCAGCGCUGCUUAGGGCCCCAGUGUUGCCCUCCCGCGCCCCCUUAGCUGCAUCAGUGGGCGUGGAGGAUGCAGCGAGCGAUCAGGAGAACCAGCCGCCUCCGACGCAGACUUCGCGGCGGCGCAAUGCUCUCUACCAACUGGAGCACCCCCUCCCCUUUACUACUGGCGAGCCUUUGGCUCCUCACUUCCUCAAGGAAGAGCGUCAUACCGGAGUAGCAGCGGUCCCGGCGAUGGUGGUGCCAGUGCAUCACGCCACCGCACCGUCGCCGACACCUACUCCGCGGGAGGAUGAGACGGACGCAUGGCAGCAUUCUGCGGUCCACCGUGAGGCAUCAGCUGUUGCACCCUCGUCUCCGCUCCACCAUUUCACGACUCAGCCGGAGCCGAGGCAACGGCGGCGUCAGCCACAAGAGCAGCACCAGCCCAUUCGGCGACCGACACCCCAGCAGCUCAUCGGAAUGUCGCGUCUUCCUUUCUCGCCAUUCGACACAUCGUCGCCGGCCACCAACAGAAGCUCGCGCGUUUCAUCGACGGAGCAACAGCAGAAAGACCGGAAGCUCAUGCCUGCACCAACCCUCACUAAUCCAGCACCCCCGACGCUAUCCCCCUUCUUCUGUGAGACGACGCACCGUCCGUUUGCGAGCGCAGAUGUGAUGAGGUCGACAGUGAUAGAUGAAGAAGCACGCACACCAACAAGGCGCUGGUCACCAGGCCCGCAGAGCCUCACGUGUCGCACCCCAACUAGCAUGGUAUCUCCCAUGAAUCGCCAACCGCCAACACCACUCUCGCCGGCGUCAACGAAGGCGCAGCAGCAGCAACCGGAUGGGCGAUCGCCUCCACCUCGGCUGUCGAGUCGUGCGAAAGCUCAAUCCAUCACCCGCGUCAGCCGCACUCUGCAGACGCCGCCACGGGUGCCUUCCACUCGCGUACUUCUGUCUCCCUCUGGCAGUCUGGAAGUAACAACGCCUCCCUCGCUAUCGCCCUCCAUGUAG